CCUGACGCUAGCGGAGCGCAGUGAUUUGGUUUGGUCGCCGCUGCAGCAAGAGGAAGGACCGCGGGUCUAACCUUCUUCUUUCGGUUUCGCCUCGGCUUUUCUCUCGGUGGCUCCGGGUUCGUUCACUGUAGGACCCUUUGGAAGAGUUACGCCUGUUUAUGAAAUAUAAGUUACGGCAUUAAAAGCGAAGGACAGUCGGAGCAGUCGCCAUUUUACACGCACGCUUUCCCUGACAGAACCGCUAGCACAACAAUGGCCCUCAAAAGAAUUCACAAGGAAUUAAAUGAUUUGGCACGGGACCCUCCAGCCCAGUGUUCAGCAGGACCAGUAGGAGAUGACAUGUUUCACUGGCAAGCCACAAUAAUGGGACCUAAUGACAGUCCUUACCAAAAUGGGGUUUUCUUCUUGACCAUUCACUUCCCCACAGACUACCCCUUCAAACCGCCAAAGGUGAGGCACAUAUCCCAUCUUAUCAUUUAUACUCUUAUUUCACAUUUUAGGAUCUUUUAUUGUGUUUUAUUUUGUUUUGUGCAGGUUGCAUUCACCACAAGAAUAUACCACCCAAAUAUCAACAGCAACGGCAGCAUCUGUCUGGACAUUCUGCGGUCACAGUGGUCUCCAGCUCUCACCAUCUCCAAAGUCCUCCUGUCCAUCUGCUCCCUGCUCUGUGAUCCAAACCCAGAUGACCCCUUAGUACCUGAGAUCGCCCGCAUCUACAAGACGGACAGGGAAAAGUACAACAAAAUAGCUCGGGAAUGGACACAAAAGUAUGCAAUGUAGUGUUGGAGCAAAGAUCAUGGCCAACCACCUCUACGACGCAAGGCUUAGGGGGAGCUUCAGAUGUAAAGAGAAAAACAAAAUAUCCAUGACAACAAACAACAAACAAAUGAAACGUUUAAACAGGAACUUAUUGGUUUCCAUUGGAGUGCUUUCUUUGAGCCCGCCUCCCCUCCUCCGAGUAAAACCAUCCUUCUUUUGGCCUGUCCCAGCUCACCAGACCCUAAAUUGUGUACAUAACCUCAUCUUAAAUAGUCAAAAAUGCAUCUAUUACUACUUUCCCUUUUACAUUUUGGUUACUUAAUUUCCCUGAUUAUUUGUACAUUUAUUUUUGGGAAUGGACAGGCCACAAAAGUUGGAGGGAUUUUAAUUACUCGACUUUCUUGUUUUGCUAUCCGUAAUAGUUUCCAUCCGUAGAGGUGAGCAGUUCAAGAAAGCGGUUUUCCAUCGCGACUUGACGGGCACUGGCACUGUUUGUGUUUUAUACAAGAGAAAUCAUCGCAGGCUAUGUCAAACUUUAAAAACAUUGGAUGCACAUGGCCACUGUAGACUUAAUGUUUAUAUGAAUGGACUUGAAGUUAACCCAUGCACCUCUUUAUCUCUCUCUCUCCUCAACUCUCUUCCGCUCUUAUCUUUCUUUUCUUUAUUCUCUCUCUCUUGCGCUUUCUCUCUUUAAAAAAUACUGAAUUUAACACAUUUUACCUUAUUGUACACCACACUCUAGCACGCACAACUGUAACGCCCCCACCACCAACCAUUCUUCAUUCACAAAAGUGGAGGUUUUGGACCAGGUAUUUAAGCAAUUUAUUUUCCUAGUUUAACCUGUGUUUUUAUCCCCCCCCCCCCUCCCCCCCCUCAUAACUCUUUAGGUUUGUUUUUUUUUUUUACUUUAAAUUUUUUUUUUUUUUUUUGCUAUUGUUAAACUAGAAGCUAACAUCUUAAACGGCUAUGGGACUGGUUGGGCUCUGGGUGCGAGGAGACCCCACUCUUCUUGCACAAACCUCUGUAUAUUGAAUUACCUGAGAGGCUCGUUGAGCUUUGUGUGUUGAUUAAACUGUGUAAUAAAA